CCUGCGUGCGCGCGUUCUCAAUUGCGAUCAACCACCACCCCUCCUUGACCGUUGACAUCGGCACCGCCAUAACGCCAAUAUGUUCGGCUUUUCGUACUGGUUCAUUCCGCUGUUCGCGGGUUGCGUCUGGCUUGGCACUCUUCUGGCCAUGUUGGGUCGAUGGCUCGUCCUUGGAUCGCCGCAAUACCCAUGGAUGGGCGACGGAUCCGAUAUUGCCUACAUCUCGAGCAUUGGCGCAACAAACUGGGGCUACCCUCUCUUCAUCGCCGGCAGUGCGACUGCGAUCUCGAGCUUCGUGUUGGCCUUCAUCUCUGAGCGAUGGCUGCGGCACAAGGGACGCCUGGCGCAGAACUACUCGGCCGCUGAAAAGAUCCUGAGCAUCUGCGCCAUCAUUGCCGCGAUCAUCGGUGCAGCUGGGUUGAUCUUGCUCACCAUCUUCGAUACCGCUCGGCACCACUCCGUCCACUACGCCAUGUUGGUCGUGUUCAUCGCGGGCUUCUGGGUCUCGGCCAUUUUCGUUUGUGCCGAAUACCAACGUCUCGGCGUCAAAUACCGAGAAUACUCCAUCCUCGCUGCCAGCUUCUGGAUCAAGCUGUUCUUCAUCCUCAUCGAAUUGUUCCUUGUCAUCGCCUUCGGCGUUCUGUCGUACUUCAAAAAGUACAACGCCGCGGCGCCGAUCGAAUGGGUCAUCUCGCUGAUCUUCAUCUUCUACAUGUGGUCAUACAUCAUCGAUUUCUUGCCUGCGACCCGGACGAGGAAUCGGGAAGAUCGCUUCCCUCCGGUCAAGAAGAGUCACGAUGAGAUGGCCGAGGAUACGGAGCGUGGCGGAAACCUAUUUGGCGGACCUGUCUACAGCUCUGGCGGCCAUGCGGCGACCAACGGCCACAACAAUGAGCCACCUUCGGCCGCGAGGAAUUUUUGAUUUGGCAAUUUAAUACACGCGUUGCUGAAAGGUUUUGGGAAGGAGGAGAGUUUGCAAUUUGUUUUGGAGAUAAAAACAUCUGACGGCGACGGCAUUGGCCGCCGGAGCGCUCGAAGCGGCGUGUGCUUAUGACCUGUGAAUGAACAGAGAACGAAUAAUAAUUUAAACUUAAUGUCUGCUCGCCUUCAUCUAGAUGCGACAUCUGGCUGUAGGCCGGAGCAUGAGAAUGCUGGCACUGCCAUUCCAGCAGAUGCCGGGAACGGUAGAUCUACGUAUCAAUCCCAUGGAACGGAGGAA